AUGCCCGAGGCGAAAGUUCAGCCCGAUGUGAUCAGCUACAGUGCUGCCAUCAGUGCCUGUGAGAAGGGCGGGCAAUGGCAGCAAGCAUUUAAGUUGUUUGAGGCCAUUGCUGCCAUCAGUGCCUGUGAGAAGGGCGGGCAAUGGCAGCAAGCAUUUAAGUUGUUUGAGGCCAUGCCCAAGGUGAAAGUUCAGCCCAACAUGAUCAGCUACAGUGCUGCCAUCAGUGCCUGUGAGAAGGGCGGGCAAUGGCAGCAAGCAUUUAAGUUGUUUGAGGCCAUGCCCAAGGUGAAAGUUCAGCCCAACAUGAUCAGCUACAGUGCUGCCAUCAGUGCCUGUGAGAAGGGCGGGCAAUGGCAGCAAGCAUUGAAGUUGUUUGAGUCCAUGUUUGAGGCAAAUGUGCCACCAGAUUUGGUAAGUUACAAUGCCUUAUUUGAUUGUGCUGAAAUCCGGGACAGUGCCAUUGGCAGAGCUUUGUUUGAGAAGUGCAACUUACCAGAGAUUCUGGAAUUGAAGGGCUGUGGCGCUUCGGAGAUCGACCUUCAUGACCUCUCCGAGGGAUUUGCCCGUGCUGUGCUGUGUCACUGGCUUUCCACUGCAAUUGCCACAAAGCUGGAGCAGGAGAAGGAAUUGACAUGCCUCAUCGUCACUGGGUAUGGCAAAUCUCGGAAAGAGUGGGACACUACAGACAUGCGCCAGGCGAGCUUGAAACUCUUGCAAGACGAUCUCGGACUUCAAGCAGCGGUGUUGCGCAAGAACCAAGGUGCAAUUCAAGUUUGUUUGGGGGAGGCAGACUUGCCAGCCCUGCGCCGUGCUGGAGCCAGCUUCAACUGA